CGCUGCAAGAUGGCGGAGCCGGCUCUGCUCGAGGAGCUGUUACGGAGGCUGCAGGAGGCGGGCGGAGGGGGAGCCGACAGCGGCGAGCUAGCCGCCCGACUGGGUCUCGAUCACCAACUUGUGGUCGGCGCUGUAAAGAGCCUGCAGACGCUGGGCGAUGUGAUUGAGGCUGAACUGCGAUCCACCAAGCGUUGGGAGCUGACUGAUGAAGGAAAAGAGAUUGUGGAGAAAGGCAGUCAUGAAGCUAGGGUUUUUGAUGCUAUUCCACCAAAUGGAAUUACUCAGAGUGACCUGAUGAAACUGCCAAGUGGAAAAGUGGGAUUCAACAAGGCUAUGUCCAGUAAAUGGAUACGCAUAGACAAGAAUGCCGAAGGAGGACCUCGGAUCUUUAAGGCCACUGAUUGCAUUGAAGAUGCUGUCAAAAACAAGUUGCUGCUGGUCCAACAGGGGAAGGACAGCAAACUGGAUGAUAAGGAGAAGAACGAAUUAAAAAAGAGAAAGCUGCUCAGUGAGGUGACCGUGAAGACAUAUUGGAUCACCAAAGGAAGCUCAUUCAGCACCACAGUGGUUAAGCAGGAUACUGAACUUACCCCGGAGAUGAUAGCCAAUGGAUCUUGGAAAGAGAAGAAGUUCAAGCCGUACAACUUUGAUGCUAUGGGUAUCGUUCCAGAAUGUGGCCACCUGCACCCCUUGAUGAAAGUCCGAACUCAAUUCCGACAAAUAUUUCUGGAGAUGGGUUUCACAGAGAUGCCAACCAAUAACUUCAUUGAGAGCUCAUUCUGGAACUUUGACUCCCUCUUUCAACCUCAGCAACACCCAGCCCGAGACCAACAUGACACCUUCUUCCUAUCUGAGCCAGCCACUGCAACAAAAUUUCCAAUGGAUUACCUUGAAAGAGUGAAGAAAGUUCAUUCAGAGGGCGGAUAUGGAUCCCUGGGAUACAAAUAUGACUGGAAGAUUGAGGAAGCACAGAAGAAUCUCUUGCGAACGCACACAACAGCAGUCAGUGCACGAAUGCUGUACAAACUUGCCCAAAAGGAAGAGUUUACACCCGUGAAGUAUUUCUCUAUUGACCGAGUCUUCCGUAAUGAAACACUGGAUGCUACUCACUUGGCAGAGUUUCACCAAAUUGAGGGGGUGGUAGCAGAUUAUGAUCUGACCCUGGGCGAUCUGAUGGGAGUUCUCCAACAGUUCUUCAGUAAACUUGGUAUAACCAAACUGCGUUAUAAGCCAGCCUUCAACCCCUACACAGAACCUAGUAUGGAGAUCUUCAGCUAUCAUGAAGGAUUGAAGAAGUGGGUGGAAGUCGGAAAUUCUGGGGUUUUCCGUCCUGAGAUGCUGCUCCCAAUGGGUCUGCCAGAAAAUGUGACAGUAAUUGCCUGGGGCCUGUCACUCGAACGGCCAACCAUGAUCAAGUAUGGCAUCAACAACAUCCGUGAGCUGGUGGGACAUAAGGUGAACCUGCAGAUGGUGUACGAUAGCCCAGUAUGCCGCCUGGAUCCCUAGCGUUCAGCACAAACUGACUCUUUCUGAAGUGUGUGCUCUACACAUCUUUAGCCUGAGAAAAGUUUUCACUAUAUUUAUGUUUGGGAGAUUAGGGGAGAGGCAGAGUAAAAUUUUGGGCUUUCUAGCCCUGGGAAAUGGCUUACUAUCACUUGGCCUUACUAUUUCACUGCCUCAGCUAAAAUCACAGUGUUCAUGUUCCAGUUAUUUUUAAGUUGGUCCUUUAAAACAUCGCAUGGAGUUGACACAUGAACUUUGGUUAUUGUGGAAACAUGAGAGACAUCAAAUUGAAAUAGCAGUGGAAGCUGGAAUUGAACUGCAAGUCAGUUGAAGUAAAAAGUUUAAUUUUUUAAUGUUUGGACUGUUACCCAAAUUGUUCUUAUUGGCUAGGUACACUGGAACCUUAUCUAAUUAGCACUAUACAGAGCAUAGUAUGACAUCAUGAACUAGCUCAAAGGAAGCAGUGUUUUUAGUCAUUGUGCAAUCCUUUUUUUAUAAUUAGUUCUGGUCAUGGCCCCUUUCCUUUCUUUGUUUUAUACAGUGAGGCCUUCUGAAAGGCUGUCACUGUGGCAUAUACCUCAUUAACAAUGUCUUGAUUCCCGGGCAGUAUGUUUAUAACAGCCAUCUUGUAUCAGAAAUUUAAAUGGGAACUGUAAUCCAAAGCAAUAAAUGGAGCAAAACUAAAGUA